UCGAACGAAACGGUACAUGAGCGGCGGUUGGCGAGCGAAUCCAGUGUCCCGUUAUCAACAACAACUCUCCGAACACCGAACUGCAGUUGAAUUAAACCACAAAUACUGCGUGUUUUUUUUUUCAAGUUUCAUAGAUGUAGUAAAACAGUUACUCAAAAUUACUCGAGAGAAUUCGCGUUGUGCGAAAAUCGCCAAAAAUCAGCAGCCGCACUUUGAAGUUACGUCAAAAGGAGUCGCGAAAGAAGGAAGAGCGAGAGCGAGAGAGGUGGCAAGAGAGCUGAAAGAAAAUAACAACAAGGCAGAAGCACGCGAUAGGAUAGGAGUAACUGUAAAUGUGAGGGGAUAAAAUAGGAGAAAGGAGAAAUCAGCAAAAGAACUUUUCGUCGUGUUUGUUGUUGCUUUCGGUUUGUUGUUUUUGGCGCGUCGUCGCCGUUUGCUUUUUUGUUUUUAUUAGUUUUAUUUAUUUUUCACUUCAUUUCGAUUUUCCUUUUUUUUGUUGUGUGUGUUCGUUGUUGUGCCUGUGCCUUUGUUGAUUGCUGUGCAGCCGGCUUUGGCCAAAAGUAAGGGGGUGAUAAAGCGAAGAGGAGGAAGAGGAGGCAGAGGAGGCUUAUGUAAAGCGUGCUUCAAGCGUGCUAUGGAAGCAUGUCGUCCACUUCCAGCUCCGUGCUAACGUUGUCAUCGUUUAAUCUAUUAUUUUUCACCCAAGUGCUCACGGUACUCAGCUCGACGAUCAAGUACAACGAAUACGCGACGGACAAGGGCGGCAAUGUGAGCAUACCGUGCAUUGCCCAGGGAAAUAUAAUGUGGGUGAAAGAGCACGGCAACAACAGCACGAUAGUUCAGACUGGUCGUGUUCUGGUGCUGCGAAAUGUGAGCACCACCGAUGCGGGAAUCUACGUGUGCUUCGCGUCAGUGCCACGCCCAACGACAACAGCAACAUCAGCAACUACCUCACUGCAAAAUCAGAAGGAGAAGGCAACGCGGCCACUGGAGGAUGAGGAUGGUGGCCAAGGGGAAACCGUAUCCCCCAAGGAAACGGGGGCUGCCCAGCAGGAAGCCGAAAUGGAUGAGGAAGUGGAGUACCUCGCCCACCAGCGAACCAAGCUCAUCGUUCGCACCGUUCCGGGCCCAGUGUCGCAGCUAUACUUCAAGGCCUCCACCAUACUGGGCUUCCUCAUCUGGCGCUUUAAUAAGACCCAAUCCGGUGGCUAUCCGGUGCGCAGCUUUACGGCGGAGUAUCGCAACGUCUCCUACAAGACGCCGCCGGCGAAUGCCAGUUUCGAGCACGCCUGGAGCAGGAUGGAUCCCAUCAACAUAGCCUUUAAUGUGCGCCAAAUGGAGGUCUAUCGCCUGGCACCCAACACCACCUAUGAGUUUCGGAUAUGGGCCAACAACGAACUGGGCAGCGGCGAGGUGGUCACCACCAAUGUGACCACGCUGCCGGAGACCAAGGAGGAGGAUCUCAUACGCCUUAUAAAACCCGACCUAGACAAUUUCGAUCCACGCAUUUGGAUAGUGGCCGUCAGCAUAGUGCUCGGAACCCUUGUGAUAUUAGCGAUCGGACUCUGCAUUGUGCUCUCCAAGGAGUGCUAUCAGUCGGCGCAAAUGGAACUGCAAGAUGGUUGGGACAGCAUUGAGCUCAUACCGAACAUAAUACUUAAUCCCGGUUUCAGCGAGUCGGACGGCGGAGCCGAGCCUGGUGGCCAGGGUCAUGGCGGUGGUGCUGGCGAUCAGGAUGCUGGCGAGGAUGACGAUGACGAUGUGGCCAUGCCAUUUCCGCGCACCAUCAUCUUUGGCCAGCACCAUCGAACGCCACCGCCGCCGCGUUUGCAUUUGCCACCGCAGCACCACCGCCAUCAAAACCAGAGCCACCACCAUCACCAUCACCACCGCAGGCAGGACGACGAUGAUGACGACGACUACGAGGAGGAGCACGAACCCACCAUGGAGCGGUUCAAGCGCAAAGUUUCCGUCUUCUUCACCGGACCCACCAUCAAGCGUAUUUGAGACGUAUUUGAGUACAAACACUGUUCACCUAGGUUGUUGCAUUGCGGCUUGAUCGGAUAGUUAGGAUCCACCCACCACACCACCACACCACAUCACACCAUACACCAUACACAUAGAUAUAGAUAUAGAAAGUGAGAGAGCUUAUCGAUCGAAAGUUUCGUUUUCAUUUCGGUUUCCUGUCCAAGCUUAAACUAUGAAAUACCAAAUACCAAAAAAAAAAAAACGCUACAAACCGCCAGAGAUUUUGAUUUGAAGCUCAUUGCAUUGCUUUUAUGCCCCGUAUAUAUACACGUAUUAUAAAUAUUAAAAUAUAAACCAAAACAAAUAUAUUGCUGUGAUACAAACUCAAUUGAACGAACAUUGUUAGGAUUUACCAUAAAGCACACGAAACACCAAAAUCCAGCUAUUAACCAUCAUGAAUUUGCUGAAGCUCGUAGCCAAAAAGGCCAUAUUAUAUUUCGUCUAGUUACACACGCCAUCUGAGUUACGCCUACUGGAUUAUUCAGAUCCAGAUAUAGACGACAGAAUUUAGCGGACAAGUUAGCUUAGAGCCACAAAAAUCUCCCAAACGAGAUCUGUUACCAAGUACUAAUCAAAAUAAAUGUCCUUAUAGCUAGUCCGUUUGUCUGUUAGCCCCAAACUAAUGCUUUUCUCUACUAGUAACUGGUUUAUAAAUUAAAAUGAAAUCAAUUUAACAAUUAGUCGAUUGUAACAGAUCUCUGAUAGUCCCGAUAUUAAACGGACUAUAUCGUUCCAACUUGUCCUUGUUCUGGUUAUGUUGUAAAGAUUUAACAAACUGUGAAACAAUUUUAUAAUUGAGCAAAUAUUUUGCACUGUAGAGCGCACCAAAAGAUCUAUAUAUAGAUACAUAAAUAUAUAUUUAAAACCGUGAAAAACGUUUGAUAAACAUUUUAAUUAAACGGCAAACGGCAAACGGCAUGCCUUGUGCUUUAGUUCGGCCUCAAAGCUAAAUAAAUUGAUUAUGAUAUGAUAUAGGAAUAUUUAUUAACGUACUUAAAGUAGCUGAAAAACCAAAUAUUCAAUGAAAUGAAAA